AUGGAUGGAAACGAGAGGGGAUCAGUUCGUUUGGUUGAUUAUAUUGUAGUAAUUGCUUUCGAUGAAUCGCAGAUCCGGCACGGCAAUAGUGUUGGAAAUAUAGUGCAACGAUUGCCGAAGUACGAUUGGCCUGAUAUAUCGUUAUCGCCAAAUCUUGAAGUGUUUUCUCAACCUCAAGGCUGGUCAUUGUCAACAGAAGUAAAACCACCGACAUUCUUCUUUAAUACAUUAACCGAUAUUCUUGGUUCAAGGCAAUAUGCUUAUUGUUUACAGCUACAAGAACCAUGCGGAAGUGUUAUUGAAGAGGACUUUGAUGACUUAACAUUAAAUGGAACAUUAUUGCUAUAUAAGCCGAAAGUGAUCGUUAUUCUCUCGAGAUUUCCUUUUUUUGAACUAUUUAGGAAUUGUUUGAAUCGAUUACAUCUAGCCAUAUUGGACUCGGAAUGUAGUGCCGAAACAAUGGCUGCGACAUUGCUAUCAAAUGUUCUCUUGUCAGUUGGUGCGAGUGCAAUUACAAUUAAUGUGGCUGCUGAACGGCUCAAUGUUCGUGCACCUCUUUCAUUAAAAGUACCAGUUACGGCUGAUAAGGUGGCAUUAUUUGUGGAACAGAUGGGAACAAUUCAAAACAUUCUGACAUUAUUGGUUGCAAUCAUGACAGAUCGUAAAGUAUUAUUCCGAUCGUCCUCAUUGACACGUCUUGCGGAUAGUUGUUAUGCGAUUUGUGCUCUUCUUUAUCCAUUCGAAUAUCCACACACAUUUGUACCGGUACUACCAGAAAUUUUGAUGGAAUAUUUGGAAAGUCCAACACCGUAUAUAAUGGGUUUGCUUAAUUCGAUUCGUAGCGGUUUAAAUGUUGAUUUGGAGACAACAAUAAUAGUUGAGUUGGAUAUUGGCGCAAUACAUAUACCAAAUACGGUCGUAUUACCAGCACUACCUGAACCAUACGCUCAACGUUUCAUUAAUUCACUUCAGAUGGUUUUAAAUCCAAGUUUGGUGAGUGCCGAUGAUGCUUGGAAAAUGGGUCAGCCACCAUAUCCAUCACGAGAAGUUCAAGACAAACGUAUCCGUGCGUGUUUUAUUCGUUUCUUCGCCGAACUACUAGCUGGUUAUCGAUGCUGUUUGGAAGUGGUUCGCAUUCACACACCACCGCUGAUUCUCGUAAGUCAAUCGGUCGAUAUAUUGCUCAACAAUGCUACGAGCGAUCAUCCGUCAAAAACAAACGUUGCUGAAAAUAUUACUGAAAUUGCCGAGAAACUUCGAGAGAAUGAACAUCAAGACACAUCCUUCUCGAUGACGCCGUUGCUAACGCAUAAACGUUUCUUAAUGUCUUCGAAUCUUCCAACAAAGCUGCAGCAGUUCGACGAGAAAUUGGUCGCACGACUGAUAGAAGAGAAACAAAAGAAAAUGCUGUCAACAAGUGGUGGUGUGUCCGGUACAGUUAUGCUAUCAUCAUCGUGUGCUAGUGCUGUUGGUCAAAGUGGUGUUACUUCUGUUUCGAAUAAUAAUUACAUUCGAGCAAGAAAAGUACCAACCACAACCAAUUGGUUAAUAAAUAUGAACGAAGAACGACAUGCGGCUGUUUCGAGGAGAUUGCAAGUGUUGAGUUCUUGCUUGAGAUAUAUCUUCGAUAUGAAAUUAUCUGAUGCGAGGAAGAUGCUGUGUGCCGUCGAAUUAUCGAUGCGAAGUGUGAAUGCGCGAGUGGCUUUAUGUCAGUUGUUAUGGUUGAAUUUGAAUCCAGUUAAUAGAGCCACGCUGUUGCCUCAACAAUUCGAGUUGAUCGUUAGACUCAUCAACUGUGCUCUUAAGCAAGAAUCAAAAGAAGAUGAGCACGGGAUCGCAUACGCAAUGUUGUAUUUAUCGAAUAUCUAUUGCCGUCGUUUGACUGCUGGUGUGCAUCAGUUCGUAUACACAUGUAUACAAGAGCAUGACGUUUGGGAGAAUGAGCAGUUCUGGGAAGCGGCUUUCUUCCAUGAUGUACAUCGGCAGUUACGUCGUUUAUACAUGCCUGUCAAAGAUGACACUUCUGAUUGUCCCUUUUCUGUUCACGAGAAUGUUAGCGAUACGUGGAAUCUGAUGGAAGAACCAUCUGGAAUGGACUUGGUGAGUGAACGACUUGAGAAAGCGUCGAAAUAUGAUGAAAGCGAAUUGAAGCGAUUCGCUGCUGAAGAAAAUUCCAUUGUUUUCGGACAGGCGAAGCAUUACAUAAAUUUGAUGGUUUACUUGCGUAUUCCGUUGGAUGUUUCGAAGUUACGUCGUGUGAACGUAAGAGAAUUAGAGCGAAGAAGUGAUCGAAAUGCAACCCGAAGAAAUGCGAAAUAUUCGGACGUUGGUUCUGAUAUUAUGGGCAUGUCGGCGAUCGCUGGGAGUGCAAUUAUCAGCGAUAUGAUGGCUUCGGAGAGUGGUGAAGAGAGUGAUGUCGAAAGUGGUUUCAUUGAAUCUGAUGAUGGGGACCUUGGAAAUGUGACUGUUAAAUGGAUUAGACGGUUAAUCGAUCGAAUUUGUUCAUCAGUUGGACUUGAGCAUGCUCAGAUAGAACGUUUAUGCGAUGAAAUACCUGGUUUUGUUGCAUUACAUAUCGAUAACUUGGAACAAGUCUAUACGGAAAGUAAACGUCUUUCACCAAUGCAUAAACCAAAACUUCUACAACCUGCACUACUACUACCAGCCGAACGCAUUCUAAUCGGUGGAAUGCGUGUCUUCUUGUUGAACGAUGGUCGUAUGACAAUCGCGACGAACACUCAGGGUGUUUACAGCGCGGAUGCAGCAUCUACUCCACAGUGUUUACUGCCAGCCGAAGGGGCGAUUUUCUUGACGAAUUACCGAGUGAUCUUCAAAGGACAACCGUGUGAUCCAUUUUUGUGUGAACAAGUAGUGGUACGAACAAUAGCAAUAAUGUCGAUCACAAAAGAGAAACAAAUAGCAGAUCAAUCGUUGCUAAAUAAUACACCUCAACUGGACGGAAUACCUCUGCGUAUUGCACACCAACUUCAUGAUGCUUUUCAAAUUCGAACCUGUAAUGCUCAGUUGAUGAAAGUGGCGUUCGACGAGGAGGUUUCAAGUGAGAAGGCGGAUGAGUUCAUUGAAACACUGCUGUCGUUGAGAUGGCCAUCUCAAUUACCGCACACGUUAUUUGCUUACUCACAAGCAGCUUCUUUAUUAAACUCAUCACUGGUCGCCACUAAUAAUAAACACAAAUAUGGUACAAUUAGGGAAUUAAAGAAGACAUUAUUGAUAAGAAAUCCGCUAAAGGAGAAGAAACGUGUAACGCCAUCAUCAAACCGAUCACAGUUCAACAAAUUGCUAUUGGGCACAUAUACGAUGAACGGUAGUAAUAAUAAUAACAGUAACAAUUUGCAUGAUAAUAUUAAUACAUUACCUACAACAAGCUUCUCUGCUAAUGCGUCACCAGCCACAGCAAGAUUGUCGAAUAAUAAUAAUUGCUCAGAUUAUUUGGAUCUCUCUGGUUAUUACUAUGAAUAUUAUGCUAUCGACACAGCAACAAAUCAGUUAUAUCGGCAUUAUCUGCUUGACUAUGAUCGUCUUGGUUUAACGCAUCAAGCAUUUCGACUUUCGAAUAUGAAUCAUAAAUAUGAACUAUCAAAAAGCUAUCCGAGUGUUUUGGUGGUACCGUCGAGUAUAUCGGACGAAAGUUUCACAAAGAUCAACAAAGGCUUCAAACACGGUCGUUUUCCGGUGGUCGUUUGGAAGAGUCAUUCAGAAGCAUUGUUGAUACGUGGUGCUUCAUUGACAUCACAAACAGUGGUUGCACGCCUCAAGAAACAGGCGAAUUUAUUAGGUGCAGUUGGAGGUGCUAGCGUUGGAACAGCCAGUGAUACACAUUCUUAUUCGUCGUCUGUUGUUGGUGGCAAUACCGGAUCACGUAUCUCAUUGAAUUCUAGAAAUGAUUUCUUCAAUAGUUCUUCACCACCGAAUACCGUUGAAAUGCAGGAGCGUUAUAUGAAUACAUUGAUGGCAUUAUCGCCGCAUACAUCAAGUAUUGAUGGUAAUUUGCUGUUAUCGGAAUCAUUGGAAUCGUUAUUGUCGCUGAAUUCAAUGAUCACAAUCGAUGCAAGCUCAUUGGGCUCUGCAACACCUGACAAUGCUCGUAAACCAUAUUCACUAUCAAAUUCAUCUGCUCCAUCAUGUUCCAUGCAAACGACUAGUGGUAUUGGUUCAUCGAGCACUUACGCAAGUGAUUCCAUAAGAUAUGCAGGCAAUUACGUCCAAAGCAACAACGUUACUGCAAAAACAGCUGCAAUGAAAUGUUCGUUAUUUGUGGUUUCGUUAGGCACGGCGCGAACAGCAGCCGCAAUGAUAUAUGGUGGCGGUAGCAGUGAGUAUUCAAUGGGAAUUGGCCGUCAACAACCGUUAACAAGACGUGCAAAUACCUUCUUGCCUUCAUCGUCCUCAUCCUCUGCACAAAGCUGUAAUAACAGCACCACUAGUUGUAAUGUUAAAUUCACGAAUAGACCGUUGAUCAGCCUGACCAGAAAUUCAAUGUAUAUUUUUGGUGAUCGCAAUCAAGUAAAGAUGAUGAAGCUAGAAAAAGGUUGUGAAUUUGUACCAGUAGCGUAUCCAUCAGCACAUAACGUUAAAAUAGCCUUCAAGAAAUUUUUACGAGCAAUGUGUCCCAGUUGGAUACAGUCCGAGAAUGAUCAUUCGAACACGUUCUUGAAGAUUUGUUCGUUGUUGAAUGUUUCGAACGCAGUCGUUGACCUCAUCGAUGUACAGCAUUCGUCAGUUUGUUUGUGCAUUGAGGAUGGUUGGGAUGCUACAUGUCAACUCAGUUCUUUGUCGCAAAUACUUCUCGAUCCCUUCUACAGGACAAUCGAUGGAUUGCGAGUGUUGAUCGAGAAGGAAUGGCUUGCCUUCGGACAUCGUUUCUCGCAUCGUGCCAACCAUUCAGUUGCAUCGCAGAACAGUGGUAUUGCACCGAUGUUUUUGAUGUUUCUUGAUGCACUUCAUCAGAUUCAUGAACAGUAUCCUUCCGCUUUUGAAUUUAACGAUUUCUUCUUACGUUUCUUGGCCUAUCAUUCGUCAUCGGCACAUUUCCGAACGUUUUUGCUCGAUUCUGAAUGUGAACGGUUAAUGUUCGAUUCACUCUGCUCUGCAUCUUCGACAAGCAGUAACAAUAGUGAUGAUUUCACAACUUCAUUGACAUCAAUCUGGAAUUACAUUAAUCAAAAACGAAAAAGGUGCUCACUUGCUUUCUUUAAUCAGACUGUUUGCAUUCACUUCUUUUUGAGUGCAUUUUCCCCGAUAUUCGCAAAUUUUUGUUAUGCACCUCAGUUUUAUACGGGUGUUCUACGCCCUCAAGCUAGCAUCGCAAGCGUUACAGUUUGGUCGUUUUUCGUCGAAGACUAUUUAGCGCAUGGAUCACCGUACGAUCUCGGUAAAGUUGCUGAAUUGGAAGAACAGGAGCGUGAAGAUGAGCAAUUUGAAUGUACGAGUGUCACAGAGAUGCAACAUUCUAAAGGUUUAUCACUAUCUUCAAGACGAGUUCUCGAUGCAAAUUAUCGUGAAAUGGAACUGCUCCAUCUAGAUGCAUUUUCGACCAAUCUUAAUAAUUAUUCUCGUAUUGGAGCGUUGUUACCGCCGUCGAACGAGGAUGAAAAGAGCGCAGCGAAUAAUGAAUCGUGUCAGUCAAUAAUGCACUCUGUUGAUGCAAUCAUCAGUUCAACAAACCCCGCUUCUAUCAGUUUUACCCUUCAUGAUUUCAACACGAAACAACCGAAGCCGUUAACGAUGAUCAGUCAAUGGCGAUCUCAUUUGCAGCGCGCAGUGCAUAAAAAAGAAACAUUAAAAUUGCUAUUGCGUGGUAUAUCCACUCAUCAAACAAAUACCGUAGCUACUUCGUCAACACGAAUGCGUGACAGUAGUAUUGCAAAUGGCUCGUCAGUGGUUUAUUGCUUUUAUUUAAACAUUGGUCAUCAUCAUUUCGUUUCGCAGCACGUCACUGUCGGCGAUACAUGUGCGGUUUGUCAUCAAAAUGUACCUGGUGUAAUUGUUCGCAAUGGAUGUGGUAUGAUUUGUCAUGAGAAAUGCUCACAAUUAGUAUCAUCAAUAUGCAGCAGUUCAACUCAGUCAACGUCGAUGGUACAAGAUGAAAAACAGCGUAGAUCUGUCACACCGAAAGCUGCAGAUCCCUCUCAAACAGUAUCCGUUGAAGGAUUGAAUGGUGAAGAUAGCAAGACGUUAACCAUAAGUAUGGGUCGUUAUCAUCCGCACACAAACGCAACACACUGUGGUUUCUUGAUGAAGAAAGGUGCUACUUUCAAAAUGUGGAAACCGCGUUGGUUUGUACUCGAUUCGAUGCGACAUCAGAUACGAUAUUAUGAAAAUGAAACAGACUUGAACUGUCGUGGUAUAAUUGAACUUUCUGAUAUCAAAGCAGUGGAUACGUCGUGCAGUCAUGCGCUUAGAAAGCCACUUAUCGAGAUCAAAACUGUGCGGCGGGUAUAUUCAUUGUUGGCUGAAACGAAAAAUGACGCAGACACGUGGGCCGAAAAGAUAUUAGGUGCUUUGCGCGAUUAG